AUGGAUUCCCAAAUGCUAUCCCCUCAGUUAGAAGAUCUCGUGACCCGGAUUCAAGAGGCGUUUGCAUCGGGCAAAGCCGUCUUCGAUUCACAACAAUCCAACAAAGACCAAAUCAACCCUCUCAUCCAGCCCUCUCUGACUGCGAAGAUGCCGCCACGAACGUGA